ACACAUCAAGCGCUCCGAGGGAUCGACCGGCAGCUGUAAAGGGCGUUUCCCUCAUUCUCUCGCCAGUCGGAUCAGUUCCCGCAGCAGUUAUCUGACGGCCGGUCCCAGCUCGCUGUAGAUUAUUGGAAAAGAAGAAGAAACGCCGUUCUCCGCAGGACACUUCUUGGGCUCUGAACCCUGUGGAAAAUCCUCGGUCUAUUCCCUCAAGAUUCGGGCAGCGCUCGAGGUCGGGAUCCAACCCGUGGUCGCUGGAGCUGUGAGGCAUCAGAUUAGCCGUUCUGCCAACGUACCACAACGCGGAAGAAUGGUUGGUUUGCUUCUACAAAAGUUUUUACCUGAUGGUCCGACGCAGGAAAGGACUCUGAACUUCCGCCAGGUAGUGGAUGUGGGAUUUUACAGGCCCACGUGAAAGUCCGGGAGCCUUCUGGAGAUGACCCCGACUACAGUGCUUUUCAUUUCCCUUCUGGCACUGACCAAGGCGAUCCUGGAUUCAGGUGAUAAACCCGGGGCCCCAUUAAUGUCAACAGGGCGCUCGUCACCAAAGUUCUUGGAAAGCGAGAACGUCACCAUCCAGUGUUGGUCCCGACCGUUUUACAACGGAAGCGUUUUCUACUUACGCAAACGUGGGGACGAUUCCUUCGGAUUAUCGACGGUGGCUUCCGGAGCUGCCUCCAAAGUCACCUUCGUCAUCGCCAACGCGGCUGCGAAUCAGAGUGGGGAUUAUGAGUGCCAUUACCAGAUCCAACGAGGUGGGGUGCGGUACAACUCAACGAGUACCCUUUUGCGGAUCACGGUGCAAGAGAGAGCCACAAAGCCUUGGAUAUCCGCGGACCGCUGGAACAAUCUGUACUUCAAGGCCGAAACCCCUGUGGUAUAUUGUCGGAACCCGCAGUUCACUGCGUCAGUGUUUUAUUUGUACGAAGGGGCGGGGAGACCUGUCUUGUGGGGCUCAGCAACGCCGAUCCGGAACCAAGGCACUUUCACCAUCACAGCGGCGAAUCGAAGUCGCGACUUUACGUUCUCGUGCGCCUACGGAGUGAAGCUGGCGGGGCGCUCGGUGAACUCGACAACCAGCGACCCCAUGCAGGUGACCGUCAUCGACCAGCCAGCGAAGCCGACGCUUCGGAUCUCACCUACCCACGCGCACUUUUCACAGUACAGAACGAUCGUGUGUUCGGCUGUCAGACGAUUCCGGGACCAGAUAUUUUCCCUGUAUAAGGACGGUAGGGAGGUACACGUCAGAUCCGACCUGGUCAGCAGGAGGGAUCUUUCCGUAACUUACCGCAUCGCCAACACCAACAAGAGGAACAGUGGCAGCUACACGUGUCGAUAUCAAGUUUGGGCGUCUGGGCGAGCUUACGACUCACGGGAGAGCGACUCCGUGGAACUAGAAAUAGUUGAUGCCAAUCUGACGUUGGUGGACGGACCAGACCAGUGUUCGGGUAGAGUGGAGAUUCACCACAGAGGCCAAAGGGGGCGAAUUGGAAACGCCAACUGGGGCUUGGCAGACGCCGAAGUACUUUGCCGCCAUCUGGGUUGUGGGUUUGGAGAAUCCAUCCCCAGCUUUGGACAAGGAAGUGAAAGACUCUGGGUCAACGGGGCCACCUGCCAGGGCACCGAAAAGUCGUUUUGGGACUGUUACCUACAAACAAACGCCUACGUAAUGUACUGGAACAAGAAGACAGAUGCCUCGGUCAAAUGCUCAGCUUCCCCAGUGAAACCAAAGAUUUUACUGCAAAGAUCACCCGCCAUCUUUGUAGAAGGAGAAACCUUCAGCAUAGACUGUGUGGCUCCGCUCUAUUACUUUCAUCUGACUUUUUAUUUGGGCAAGGUCGGUGGCGAUGAGAUGUUUGUUACCGAGCCAGGAUUCAGAGUUUCCUUCGACAUCAUCAAUGCAACUUCGACCAGAGGGGGAUCUUACAGAUGUUGGUAUCAGUUGAAAAGAGAUGGGAGGUAUUACAACUCAUCAGUGAGCGAAACUAUCAAUGUUACGGUCGGAGAUGCCGCAGCAAAGCCAAUUAUAACGCAGGACUUACCCCAAAAAGUCUUCCUCGCAGGAGGUUCGACCAUCCUCAAGUGCAUCGCUCCUUAUUUGACCGCUACAACCGGUUUUUUUAUUUACCGCAAGGGGGAGGAAAAGGCUCUGUACAGCAAAAUCGCAAGAGCGGGCAAAUCGAUGCCUUUCCUGGUCCCCGUGGGAACGGAGGCUGGCAGCUUUUAUUACACCUGUGCCUUCCAAGUCCACGUCUCCGGGCGUUUCUUCAACUCGACUCCCAGCGACGCCCUGGAAAUAAUCGUCACAGAUCAGUUAUCACCCCCUUCGCUGGAGAUCAUGAAGUCUAUUGGUACGUUUGAAGUGAAUAUAACCAUCUCAUGCUUGGCCACAAAUAACUUCGUCGGUGGGAUGUUCUACCUGUACAAAGAAGGCCAGAAAGGGCCCGUUGAUUGGCGCCGGAACACUGAAAGAUGGAACAGGGUCAGAUUCAGCGUCUCCAAAGCGAAUAAAACCAACGGAGGAAAUUACACGUGCCAGCAGCAAGUUACGGUGAACGAACGCCAGUAUAACUCGUCCCACAGCAACCAGCUGAAGCUCACGAUAACAGACGAAAUUACAUUAAGCCUCGUAGACGGAGAGAACGAAUGUUCAGGAAGGGUGGAACUGUUUUACAACGGCGAAUUGUGGAGGAUCUGCGCCCCUCGAUGGAGGUCGAGUGAAAUAAACGUGGUCUGCAGACAGAUGGGAUGUGGCUUUGUGGCCUCGGAAGCAGUCAGUUCGUACUACGGCCGAGGGACCCGGCAGGUCUUGCCAAAUGAAAUCACCUGUAGCGGCCAAGAGACUACCCUCUGGCAAUGCUCUGUGACAUCCAACUCCCGACUCGGUACCUGCCCCCGUCAGAGAGUAGCUGCUGUCAACUGCUCCGCUAGGCCCGAGAAACCAGUUAUUCUGUUGAGCAGACCGUCCGGCCGUUUCGCGGAAGGGGAGAAUAUCAAAAUCCACUGCCGUGCUGCCAGUUACUUCCCCGGCAGCAGCUUCUACUUGUUCAAGAUUGGCGAAGGAAGAGAGAUGGCGAACAAGACGGCUACCAAGUCUUCUUCUCAAGUUGGGUUCAACAUCGUUAACGCAAGCGUUGAAGUCUCGGGUUCUUAUGCCUGCGCCUAUCAGGCAGUGCGAUUUGGAGCGACAUACAACUCAACAAUGAGUCUCAGCACUGAUGUCAUUGUCACAGAACACUAUCCCAAACCGACGAUCACGGCGAACAGACAACGGGAUACGUUCUUCGUGGGAGACAGACUGUCGGUCGAAUGCGUCACUCCGAAAUACAUAGGCGCCAAUCAGUUUUACAUUCAAAUGCAUCACAACCACGUCGCAGAAAUAAUUCCCUUCAGGCUGACAGGCAGAGGAGCGAUGGUGACUCCGGAGAAUCUGGCAGUGGGCACACGGUACAACUUCACCUGCAUGUACCAGGGUCGACUGAGAGGACGUGCUGUCAAUUCGACUUGGAGUGACGCUCUACAGCUGACUAUUACUGAUAGGCUGCCCAAGCCGCGAGUGUCCGUCGUGCAUCAGGACCCCUCAAGGUUCCAGAAGCAGAUUCUAAUAAUGUGCAGAAGUCCCGAAACUCACAGAGGAAGGAUCUUUCACUUGCACAAGGAUGGCUCCGCGGACUCCAUUGCGUCCCGGGUUGUUCCGGCGACACGUUCUUCCAUGUCAUUUGACAUCGACAAUCUCAAUGAAACAAACAGCGGGAACUACACGUGCAGCUAUGACAUUGAAUGGAUGGGCAACACGUACAGCUCGGAACACAGCGACCCCAUUGAAAUACAAAUACGGGGUGUCCGGCUAAGAUUAAGUCACGGGGAGACUCCGUGCAGCGGGCUGGUCGAAGUGUCUUACAAUCAGCGCUGGGGACCGGUGUGUGACCGCAACUGGAGAGGAACAGCCAAUGCAGAAGUUAUCUGCAAACAACUACACUGCGGUUUCUCUCAUCCUCUGAGAGCCUCGUGGAGCAGAGAGCGUCGAAAAGACACCGCAAUAUUGACCGGAGUCAAUUGUCGUGGCAAUGAAAGUUCUCUGUUGCAGUGCUCCCUCAGCACGUCGCGCUAUCUCCAGCGCUGCUAUCAUUGGCAAUUUGCAACGGUCAACUGCACAAUGAAACCAGUAGAACCCACCAUUGAGCUGCAAAAGAGGUUUGCAACAUUUAUGGAAGGACAGAAUGUAUCCAUUGAGUGCACAGCCAGGAACUACUACGCAGGAAGUCGAUUCUACCUGGGGAAGGUUGGUAAACCCUACUCCUUAUCUUCCUGGCCCACCUCAAGGACGAAGGACAGCGCAACCUUCACCCUGGGCAACGUAAGCCUAUCCGAUGCAGGGUCUUACACGUGCCUCUACGAAGUCGAGCGAGCUGGGAAAAUGUACAACUCAACGGACAGCCGGAGCCUCUCCGUUCAGAUCACUGAUCGACCUCCAACGCCUGUCCUGUCGUCCCUAGAGUCUAAAUCUACGCAUCUAAUUGGCAGCCAAGUUGUACUGUACUGCAACACUCCAUUUACCUGGUUUGCCAGUGAAAUUGGCUUGUACUCUGUGGUCGGAGACGACUACCUUUCAGUGAAGAACUCCACUGAGUCCAGCAGCCGCGGCACGUUUACCCUUGACAACCAGACGACAGCGGGAAUAAGCAACUACAGUUGCCGUUAUAGUUUCCAAUUGCAAGAUCACCUCCUAUAUUCGAAUUUCAGUGACGUACUGACCAUCACCUUUACGGAUCAACUACCAAAGCCGCGCUUGGCUCUGGAAGAGGCGAUGUUAAAUUACCCUGUGCCGAUAUUUGCCAAAUGCUCAGUUCCCAUUUCAUACUUCGGAGGCGUGUUCUCUUUGUAUAAAGCUGGAGAAGAGAAUUUCACUCAAACGCGGAAGCUGUUCGGCCACGACCGUUCGACCUAUUUCAGUUUCCAAGUGGAGGAGGCAGUGAAUUACACGUGUCAGUAUUCGGUGGUGACAUCUCGACGAGUGUACAAAUCACCGCAUAGUGAUCCACUCUGGGUGCCCGCUGAUGGUGAUGUCAAGGUGAGACUUGCCGGGGGAACCAACGCCUGCUCUGGAAGGGUGGAACUCCAUUACGCUGGCCGAUGGCGGGGCGUUUGCAGCCAAUACUGGGGUAUCGAGCAAGUGGAAGUUGUCUGCAGGCAGCUGGGAUGUGGGUUUGCCUUCUCCGCUCUCCACAAUGCCAGUUACGGUCGAGGCACUGAGAUGUUCGUUACGCACGAGGUCUGGUGCACUGGCUUCGAAAGCUCGCUGCAUGAAUGCAGAUCUCGACCGUUCACCAGGCAGCGCAGACAGUGCGCCGUUUGCGCGGAAUGUUCAGAUCGUCCAUUGGCACCACAACUCACUUCAUACAAAUGGAACACAAACUUCAUGAGGGGAGAAAACAUCAGCAUGACCUGCUACACUCUGGCCCAUUACAAAAAUGUCACUUUUCACCUGCGCACGGUGGGCUCGCCGGAAAACGUUGCGACGGUCAGAUCGGAACACAAAUGGAGCGGUGCCACGUUCCGUUUCAAUGCUGUCAAUGGAUUCCAUGGAGGGAAUUACACUUGCAUGUACCAAUUGCAACAGGACGGAAAGACUUACAACUCCAGUGCAAGCCGAGUUUUGGAGGUCAUCGUCAGCGAUCGCGCUCCAAAAGUAAGGAUUAGAGUCAGCCGUCCGUCAUCACUCUUUCUGGAAGGGGAGCCGAUGCCUUUCAUAUGCACGAGUAUUGCACAGUACCCGCAUAGCGCGUUCUACUUGACAAUCGGCCCACAUCUUUACGUGAUCUACCAAAGUAUGCCUAUUGCGACAUUCACAGUGAAUAACAUUAAAGCCACAGGUGUAUACAAUUGCACGUGCAAGUGCAGUUUGAUGAUAUCUGGGGUGCUUAUCAAUUCAUCAGAAAGUUCCACCCUACAGGUCACAGUAACAGAUGAGCUUCCGACGCCUCAGUUGUCUCUUCUGCGGCGAAGUUAUCGUUUAUCCGACAUGCUGCGCAUGUUCUGUACGUCAUCGCUAAUCGUUCCCGGCGGCAGGUUCUCCUUAUUCAGGAAUGGCGAGAGAGAAAGCUCCCGUUCCCAUGUGUACUACGGUUGGGGCAGAACGGCUACCUUCGUGGUCGCGCGGGUAACGCAGAACGUGGCGAAUUACUAUUAUACGUGUCAGUACAGUGUGAAGGUCCUGGGUCGGACGUUUGUAUCUGCAUACAGUCGGCCGUUGCUGGUUGACACACCUGACGACUCGCUAACCCCAGUCAUCUCAUUGGUGAGAUUGUCAGGCAGUUUUGUGCAGGGCGAGACGGUGACAAUGAGAUGCACAACGCCCAGAUACUAUGUAGGCUGCAAGCAAGUUCUGCGCAAACUCGGAGAUGAAACCGACAUUGUAUCAACGACUGAUUCCAAUUCAACGUGCAACACCACUUUUGAGUUACGGAACGUGACAAUUGAGGUCGGGGGACAUUAUGCAUGUUGGUUGCAGUUGGAGAUGUCUUCCAGUGUCUACAACUCCACCAGUGUGGAAGUCAUUGUUACAGAUCGACCGUCCAAACCAUAUAUUGAAUUGAAUCGAUCGCCGGGCUUAUACAUCAAGGGAGAACAUGUUUUCGUCGAUUGUGCAGCCCCGGAUUACUAUGCAGUCUCCAAUUUUUAUCUGCUUGUGGACGGGACGGUCUGGUUAACGUACAACGAAAAGGAAGAGAUAUACGGGACAGGGAGCUUCACUCUCAAUACAACGAGUAUCCCGUACUCUGCCAUUUGCACUUGUCACUAUGAAACGAAGAUCUCAGACAAUUACAUCAACUCAACCGUGAGCGAUACGGUGCAUGUAACAGUGACAGAUCAAUUACCGAAGCCUUUGAUAUGGAUUGAAGCCCCUUCAACCGCGUUCUUCCCGGGAGAAACACUUCGUGUAAAGUGCGCACCUCCCACCAACUAUCCGAUCACAAGUUUCUCCUUGUACAGGAAUCGUAGCACUGUACAUACCGCGGAGCAACAGCCGUUCGAUGGCGAUUAUAAUGUCACGUUUACGCUCCUGCACAUCAAUGAAUCCAACGAGGGCAAUUACACCUGCCGUUUCCAAGCCGACAUAGCUGGGGAGUUAUACACUUCGGAGUCCAGCGAUCAGAUACCAGUGAUGUUGUCAGACCAGUUGCAUCUGAGACUGGACGGUGGAGGCAGCAAUUGCUCGGGAAGAGUCGAGAUCUAUUACGGGAAGAGGUGGCUAACAGUCUGCGGGAGCGACUGGGGCUUGGGAGCCGCCGAGGUUGUCUGCCGGCAACUGGGCUGCGGGUUUGCAGAGGCGGUGACCUACUUCGAACAAGUGGCCACGUCGCUUUGGCUGAACGGCACUCGUUGCGGAGGGAUGGAGGGAUUUCUGUGGGACUGCACCUCGGACGCCUGGGGAGACAAGGUCUGCACUCGCGGGGAAGACGCCGGCGUGGUUUGCAACGCAGACCAUUCGCCGAAACCGCAACUGACGCUGACGCGGCGGAGUAAAACAUUCCUACAAGGGGAGAAUGUCACCUUUACAUGUAGAUCCCCCAUUCAAUAUCCCAGUAUGACAAUAUACCUGUACAGAGCCGACAGACCAUAUGGCCAUGACUUGAAGGUGUUUACCGCCAGCAAUGGUACUGAAACGUUCAAUAUCGCUGACUUAAACGGGACAGACACCGGGAACUACAUCUGCGUUUACGAAUUGCAAGUGUCGGGUGAGAUCUUCACGUCAGCUCAGAGCGACCCACAAGCAAUAACAGUGCGAGAGGAGGCGGAGAAACCAAUAAUCUAUGGGAAGAGUCCAUUUGAGAGUAUCCUCCGCGGGCACACCGUGGACAUUGGAUGUGAUGCUCCCUACGAACUGCCGGAUCUGACAUUUAACUUGUACAAAGAUGGCGUGCAUGUGCAGUCCAUGGUGGCGUCAAAUUCUGCCACGUUCAGCUUGAGGAACAUCAGUAGUCAGAACAGCGGCAACUACACCUGCACGUACCAAAAGGAAAUUUCAGGCCGAUGGAGAAAUUCGACCCUCAGCGACCCUUUCGAGGUGUUCACAUCAGAUUUCGUAUCAGAUGAUGUCAACCUGAGAUUAGCGAACGGAAGCAACCCCUGUUCUGGAAGACUGGAGGUCCUUUACAACGGUGCCUGGGGCACAGUUUGCGAGGACGGUUGGUCGAUCGCCAACGCUGACGUCAUCUGUAGAGAUCUCACCUGCGGCUUCGCCGAGCUCUCCACAGACUCGUCGAUCUACGGCGAAGGGGCCGGCCCGAUUUGGCUACAUGAUGUCCGGUGCGACGGCACCGAGUCUUCCUUGUGGGCAUGUUCGUCGCAAUCGCAUCAAGCUCACCGUUGCACUCACUCCAACGACAUUGGAGUCUCUUGUACAGAUUACCCGCCUCCACCUCUGAUCUCCCUCAAUCGCCCAAAUGGAAUCUUUUUCCCGGGGGAAGUGGUCAUAAUUCAGUGCGCGACGCAUAGCCAUUAUACAGUCACGAAGUUUUACCUGAACAGCAUCGAUGGAGAUGACGUGUCUUCUCCCCAGCCAUCGAGCUGCACGGGGAGUACGGCCAAUUUCACGGCCGAGGUGCUCAGCACGACUGGUCGGAGACAGUACAGUUGUCAUUACAGUAUGUCGAUUGAUGGAACAAACUUAAACUCUUCACUGAGUGAGAUAGUCUCCGUUACUGUGACGUAUGUCCCUGCGAAACCUGGCUUAUAUCUGCUGCGGCCGUCCGGCGAGCCCGCUGAAGGAGAGUCAUUCAGCUUGCGAUGCACGCUUCCAGAACACGAGCCUGGACUCGAUGUCAUCAGAUUUCAUCUGUACAAACUUACCGAUACUCCGGAUCUUAUAGGAUCGCACGCACGAUCGUCGAACUCUUUCGAGGAUUUCACCAUCUCGGACGCGGCGUUGUCGGACGGAGGGACCUACAUCUGCAUGUACGAAGCACAGAGGUCUGGACGAUGGUACAACUCAACGUACAGCGACACUGUAACUGUAACUGUAUCAGCUCGGAUAAACAGACCGACGGCGUCACUUCUAAGAUCGUCAGGAAUAUUCACAGAAGGAGAAAACAUCGAAAUCACCUGUUCCGCGCCCGAACACGGUGUUGAAGUCGAAUUCCAUUUGCUCAAAGUGGGAACAGAUUCGUCCCGCGCUCCCGUCGCAACGGAAACUGCACGGCGCACUGCGUAUUUCACCAUCAGCAACGUCAAUGUGACAGAGGGAGGGAAGUACGCGUGCAUCUAUGAGGUGGAGAAAGACGGGAUGGUGUACGGCUCGACUCCAAGCUCUGAGGUGACGGUGACUGUCAUUGAUCUCCUUCCCAGGCCUUCAAUAACGCGGACACCAAUUCUACCUUUCGUCUUGGAAGGGGAAUCGACGACCAUAAGAUGCAUUGUUCCCGAAUUGUAUGGCGAGACAAUGUGUUACUUGCUCAAAGAUAACGGGCCGAAUCCACGCCGUUCAGAGCUCCUCGGCAGAGAAGAGCACUCCUGCAGCUUUGCAAUUGAAAGCGCCGAUAUCGCAGAUGGAGGAAAUUACACAUGUCUCUACGAAGCACGCGUAGCCUGGAGAACGGUGCACUCUCGCCUGAGUGAAACUCUUCCUUUAACGGUGAGAGCCCCGUUGUCGAAGCCCAACAUAUCGAUUUCCUAUCGACAUCAAUUUCAAGAUUAUAUUAUUAACUGCACUGUUCCUGUGCUGUAUCCGGGAAGUAACAUCUACUUGUACAAAGUUGUUGGGGGUCAAUAUCGCCAAGUGACAUCCGCCCGGAUGUCGGGUGUUACAGCAACUUUCCUCAUCUCUAAUGUAAGUGCGGCGGUGGAAGGCAACUACACAUGCUAUUCUGAAACAGCAGCGGGAGGUAGACUGUUGAAGUCGUCGUUUAGUGACGUCAUUGCAGCGCCAUUGGAGGAUUCGAAUCCGCGACCCUCCGUUUUAGCAUUGUGCCUUGGAGGAUUCACCGUUGCACUGUUCGUCCUGUUACUUGCCGUCCUUUUCUGUAAGAAAUCGUGGCACUGUGAAACUUCACAAGAUUCAUCCGAUCUUCAAGCACACUUACUGAGUGACUGGGAGGCCGGAGUCGAUGUCGGGGAUUUAGUGGAUCGGGAGACUCUGCUUUGAUAUUGAAUGGGUGGCUCUGAGACGUUGAAACUGCAAAGUAAGAAAACAAAACAUUCGUUGAAAGAAGUUCCACCGCCACCAAAUUAAAUAAAAGAAGAGAAGCUAUUUAUUGUAAAAAGCAAGCAGAAAUAAUAAAUUACCUGCAACGAACGCGGUUAACUUCCCUACAUAUGUCAACCCCUUAAUUCAAGGAUUCACCCCAAUGGAUAUUCUCUGCAUGGCCUGCAAAGGAAGCAUAUUUUUACUUAUCGAAGGAUGUCUACACUGUACAUAACGCCACAGAUGGGAUAUCAACCAGCACCGUGUAAUCCUGAAUCAAAUCUUCUUUUAUUUAUCAGGUGUGAUUUGGAAUGACGCCAGAAUUUUAUUAACCUCCCUGAUUAUUUCAUGUAGGUAAAUGCCAACCUUUGUGUUCUAUGUCCCAGGACCCUCUGCUCUGCAUUUCAGCGUGUUCCAUUCUCACUUCGCUUAAAUAUUAAUUUUCCUUUCCGUUCUUUCUCUCAGUCUCACAGUUUUGCGCCAUUUCCUUCAUCUUCCACAGUUAUCUUCGUCCCUUCUUGCGGAACGUCUCUUUCUCCAUUUUAUGGCUCGUUCUGUCCUGCCCGCAAAUUGAUGGACCAGCCUUAUUCAUAAUAACAACCAAUCGGUAUUAUCAUCGACGUCAUUCGCAUCGAUUGCGAAUAGUUGAGACCCCGGCACUGAUUUUCAUGCCAACUCACUGAUUGUCAGCCUGAAGCCAAAGUCAAAGUCAGAAUUAAAGUUGAGAAGUGCAAUGAAAAACUUUCCUGCUGCAGCAUCACAGGCACUCAGCAUCAUAUAGACAGCGUUCGCAAGGUAAACGUCAAUUAAACAUAAAUUAUACACAUCCUUUCCAAGGAAGAACAAUUAGAACAAAAACAAACUCAAAGCCCAUUUUAGUGCUUCGUAGUGUUGAAGCAAUACAUUUAUCCUGAUACUUUCCACUUUUUGUUAGUUGGACAAAACUUUAUAUAUACCAAUAUAUUGCCCCAACGCCAUACACUCUAGCAGUGUGCAAUAACCUUAUAUGUGGCAUUUUAUCGAAAGCCUUCUCUACGAAUUCAAAACAAGGCACAUCCAUUGGCUACCCUUUAUCCGUCUUUGUUUCUCACUUGUUAAAUUAUUCCAGCAAAUUUGAUCAACACAAUAUUUCCCUUUCAUGAAAGUAAACACUUUCUUUUUGGUCGGGUUAUGACUUUCCAAAUAUGCAGCAAUUAUCUCUUUAAUAAUAGACUCCAAAGCACCCAGAUCCACCUGCGUCCUAAAUAUCUGCAAGCUAACCCCACAUCGAUCACACUCUUCUUUCUUCUAUUGACAAAAUAGGCAAGGUCACAUUUUCCCAUAUUACAAUCCAUAUGCUACAAUUUUGCUCCCUCAGUGAACUUACCUACGUUUCCUGCAGACCCUUUAUGGCUUACUUUCAUGUCAGUCUUUGUAAUCAGGAAGUACUGCACAUAAAUUGUAAAAAUAAAAGCGCCCCGGAAUACUUCCAACCGGUGACACCACCUGUAAAAUCUUGCCAACAUGAAAAACUAAUAUCAUGCAUUGUUCUCCUCCAUCAACGUUAGAUUGCCAAUCUUCGAUCCACACCUCGUAGAUUUCUGCAAUAUCUUUGCAUGCGGCACC